AUUUGUAAUGUACUCUUGUUUUUUUAUAUUGAUCAUUCAAACAUCAGAGUUCUAUAUGCUGCUUGUAUCUGUUUGUGUUGGGUACUGUUUUAAAAGUCCACAAACACAACUUGUACAGAUCUAGAUUCUACAUGUAUUAGUUUGAUCGUUAUUGUGCACGAUGUUAUCGCCCGCUACUCUACUGAGAAAAAUUAACAUCACCAAUUCAAAAAGCAAGCCUUUCAGAGUUGUCAUUCUUGGUCAGAAUGGCGUUGGUAAAACAGCACUAACAGUUCGGUUUCUUACAAGAAGGUAUAUAGGUGACUACGAUCCGCUCUUAGAACGUGUUUACACAUGUCAAAGAACUCUUGAUGGGAUAAGUGUGGAGUUUGAGGUCUGGGACACCGCUGGACAGAAUGAAAACAAUAAGCUCAAAGAACAAAUCCGAUGGGCAGACGCCAUCAUUCUCGUGUAUGACGUCACAGAUCGUUGCAGUUUCAACGAAUGCAGCAGGCUUAAGUUUCUCACCAACGCACUCUCCAAGCGAGCGAGAAAAAAGUCUAACAUCGAGCUGAGGGCCGACAGCGCUGAUCAACUGCCAGUCUUCCUGGUAGGUAACAAGAUAGACAAAGAGGCCGACAGGAUGGUGAGUGAGGAGGAGGGAGAGACCAGGGGCAAACAACUCGGCUGUGUUGCCUUCAGGGAGGUCUCCGUCAGCGAGAUGGUCCACGAGGUGGCUCAGGUCUUCGAGGAGAUUUACGUCAUCUGCAAGUAUGGGAACAAAAUUUCGCUGCAUUUCCAGCUCAGCGCUUCCAGACACACUCUUUGCGUGGAGAGGCCGGCGGCGUGCAGCUCCUCGGAGGAGGAUCUAGCCGAAAGGGACGCCAUUAGCUUACCCGGGACACCAGAUUCACACGUGAACGUCAGGGAUGCCAUUGCGUCCAGAAAGUUAAGGCCGGAAGACCUGUACAAAGAGAUGUCAGUUGAUGACAUGUGGGUUAGGUCACGAUCAAAGAGGCGCGAGGCUAUGUUCAUGAGUUGACAACAUGUGAGUAAGGACAUUGCAGGAACUAAGAAACACUUUCUCAACACUAAUCGCUGUGAAAUAAACAUUCUCAGCUAAAUAUGUAUUACAAA